AUGCCCCUCCUUGGGAUUUUUUCAAAGAAACACAAGAAAGGCGGGAGGGACGUGACGAAGAACAGCUCGGCUAGCAUAAACUCUGAAUUCGAAUCCGCCUUGUCGUCGCCUACAUCUGAGUACAUACACACCGACAAGUCCUUACCCUCGAGUCCCAAUGGCAAUGGGCGAUACCUUCACCCUCGGGAUGCAGCAGCAGGGAGGUUGGGCGGGGCGAGUGCCUCUUCGAGUAAACUUCGUCUGCCGUUCGGUCGGAGAAAGAUGGGGGCGGCGUCGUCUUCCACGGUGUCCAACUUGACGGAUUAUACCAGCGACGGAGGCUACCUAAAAAUGGGAAGACUCAGCAGCGGCGCGAUGUCAGACGUAGAACCCGAACUCCCGCUCCCACCAAUAUUCGGUGACCCCCACAGCGCACUCUCCACGCGCUCUCUCCCAGACUCCCACCCCCACCUUCAUUCCCACUCCCCCUCCCCCUCCUUACAGCAAAAACGCCCCUUCUUCAACUGGUCCAAAUCUCAAAACUCCACUCCCUCGAAAGCAGUACUACAAAAAACCCGCACUCCAUUGUCCCCACUCUCUCCAUCACCCAACGAUUCGGAGUCUUUUAACCUCAAGUCAUUCCGACACGUCCGACCUCCAUCACCUACACAUUCCACGGCGUUGCAUCCACCUCACGUACCAGUAGCGCGUCCAAGAAACACCAGCACUGCCUCAGACUCUUCCCAGCGUAUAUCCGUAGCCGCCUUUCGCGAAGCCCAAGCUCGCAGGAGCGCUGCUGGAUCGCCUGUGCCUUCCUUCCGGUCAAUCAGCCCCGAUCCUAACCAACAACCUCCGCACGCUAGAAUCGCGUCAAGAUCCGUCAGCCGGAACCCUCUAGACGGCCGGAGACUCUCCUCGCUGGUGUACGAUUCGGAUUCGGACGAGUCGGCCUCUUCGUCAGAGGCUGAUUCCGAUGAGGGGCGGGCGUUAGGGAGGAGACGGACGCUUACCCAGCAGCAGAGGAAGGCUGGUGGAGGGAGGGCUACCAGAUCCGAGAUUGGACAUGGAUCGACUCAUUCGAGACCUCCGAGACCUCCUCCUCCUUCUAAGAUAUCCACCAUGUCGGUGCCUCCCCCGGAAGCUCGGAAGCGUGCGAGUUUGUCGACGAGUGCGGCGUCCCCUAGUGCGCCGGCGCAACGAGCUAGUCUCAUUGCGAAUUCCCAUCCCAGUCCCGGUCCUAGUCCAGAUUCCUCACGACAAUCGCGUCACAUACGGGAGGCUUCCUCUGUAUCUAAUCCUCCGGCUACAGUUCGUCGUAGUAUCGUUGUCUCUCAGGAUUCCGAUACGUCCGACUCAGAAGACGACGCGCCGCUCGCUUCACUGGUCCCACCACGCCGACCAGGGAGCUCCAUGUCGCAUCGGUCUAAUCGUUCGCAGUCUUCUACUACUACUCGGGCGGGAACCAAACCUUUGAUUGAUAUUAGCACGCUUACGGGUCCGAAUCGCCGGCCUUUGGAGUCUGGGGCGAGUGCUAGUGCGAGUACCAGUGCGGCGUUUACGCCUGGGAAGACUUUGGUGUCGUCGCCUGUGUCGAUGACGCCACCCACACCGCCCAUCACGUCGACGUCGCCUCCUACGAGGUUCGUGUCUCCUCCGGGGUCGCCGGUGAAGCCUGCUGCGAGGACUUUGAGCGCCGACCCUCCACUUCCUCCUCCCCAGCCUCUGCAGAGGACGAUUCCUGUGCGUAAAGGCACGGCGGAGAGAGAGGGUCUGAAUGAGCGCCUGGGGAAGGUCAUGAUGAGUUCUGCGAGCAGUGUUGCGUCUUCAAGUUCUGUCACGUCGUCGUCUGCGAGCCGUACUCCCGCGCUUAGGACAGAUCCUCUCACGCCGUCAGUGAACAAACCAGUCCCAGUCCGACAAAUUGGGCAGCCGACAACUACGUCAAGGACCGAUCCUCCCACGCCGUCAGUGAGACAAAUUGGGCACCGUCGGACGUCGAGUGAUAAUCCCUCGAUGAGGACGCGAUCUACGGAGGAGAACAUGGAUGAUUUGGUGCGUAUGCUUGGAGGUGGGAUUAGGUUGAUUAGUAUGAAUGGGGAGGAUGAGGAUGAGAAGAAGGAUCUUCCCGUGAAGAAGAAGAGUUUUCCUGGGAGGAAGGUGGAGGAUGACGCGGAAUCGACGGAGGAUGAGACGGAGGAAGAGGAAGAUUCUGAUGAUCGGACUGAGGGGCGGGGGAAGAAGGAGAAGGAGGACGAGUCUAUCUCACCACCGAUUCCUAUCCUUCGUCGUACGCCUGUGCCGUCGUUCAGUGUUACCUCUCGACCGCAGCAGCACAGGGGAUUCGAAGUGGAUGCUCCUCGACAGCGGACUAGCAGUCUCGUUCCGUCCAGUCCGGCGACUUCUGAGAAGAGUUCGCUUCCGACUGCUAAGGCUGUUACGUCCCGCCCGCAGCAGCACAAGGGACUCGGAGUCGAUGUAUCCCAACCUCCUCGACAGCGGACUAGCAGUCUCGUUCCUUCCAGCCCGGCGACUUCUGAGAAGAGUUCUCUUCCGACUGCCAAAGCUGUGCCUCCUACUCCCAUCGUCAAGGCCACUCCUCCUCCCGUCAAGGCCACUCCUCCCGCUCGUUCUGUUCCUCCAAAGAUCACUACAACGGCCGCUCCGAGCGCUCCCGUGCCUAAUGCACCGCGAUCCGCACCCCCAUCUUCUACUGCUUCUAAUAACCCUCGACAACGCAGUAGCUCGAUGAUGCCCCUCAUGACGAUCCCCGCGUCUCCGAAAGUAGCCAUGUUCCCUGUUCCUACGAAGCCGUUUGCGACGCCGCGGGAGAGCCCGGCGAGCUCUACGGGUGAUUCGAGUAGUGGGAGGGCUCCGUUGACUCCUAGGGACGGGAGUGAUAUCGUUAGUGCGAGUGGGAAGAAGGAGCAGUGGAGUGGAGGUGCUAGUGGGUUGGGACUGGGGCAUAAGCGGAGGAGUGUGAGUUUUGAUUUUGAGGAGGAUGCUACUGCUAUUGGAGGUGGGAAGGGGAAAGGGAAAGGGAAGGAUGACGAGACGAGGAGGAGGGAUCGGAGGAGGGAUGAGGCCAAGGCUGCUAUUGAGUUGGGGAAUGUUAUCAAUGGGCGUGGACCUAUCGUUGACGAUGACGAAGAUGAUACGCCUAUCAACCAGAUAAACUCUGCGCGGAUGGGUACUAUGGGUCCGAUGAUGGGCGGGCCGAUGAUGGGUUUCGGUGGGCCUGCACCUGGGUGGAACGGAUGGCCCGCGCCGAUGAUGAACAUGAACAUGAACCCGCAGAUGCUGAGUCCCGCGCAGUUCAUGGCUCCUCCUAUCCCUCCCCCUGGGGACCCAGCGUUCUUCGCUGCGCACCAGCAAGCUAUGAUGUACGCCAAGCAAGCAUACCAGAUGGCGGUUGCGCAGCAGGCUAUGGCUGCUGCUGGGGACGAGUGGGAGCGGUCUUCUGCUAUUGGGGGGAGCGUGUAUGGUGGGUUUGGGGGAGCGGGGGCGGGGUGGUCUUCGGGGGCGUCGAUGAUUUUCCCGUCUUCGUCGCAGAGUAUGUAUGGGGGUGGAGGAGGGGGAGCGAGGAGUGAGUAUGGAGGAGGGGGAGGAGGAGGAGGGGGGAGGUGGAGUUCUUCGCAGAGUGUGUAUGGGGAGUCGUUUGGUGAUAGAAGGAGGAGAGGUUACGCGCCCCCUCCGGUCCCGCCUGUUCCUUCUCACGCGCAGAGGUCCUCGGUGGUGGUUAGUGGAAAGGGAGGGAGGACGCGGACUGUGAGUCAGCCUGCUAAUCCCGUUAGACCCAGCAGUGGUGGCACUGGUAAUAGCCCCCGAAGGGCCCCACCGUCUAGUUGGAAAGCCGGAGUAUGA